GCACCAGCUCUACCUCACCGUUCCUGAUACGUCCUGAUCGCCUGUGCAUCUCUCGCAGAAAUGAAGCUCCUCGGCAUGUCGUUGGUUCUGGGACUACUGGCGGGGGUAUGGGCUCAGCUCAGUGUGGUGCGACCUCUCUGCGACUCCCCUGAGGCAGAGGAGGCAGCUCUGGUGGCUCAGGAUUACCUCAACAGCCAGCACGCUCACGGCUACAAGUAUGUACUGAACAGGAUCGAGGAUAUCAAGGUCUAUACACAGCCUGAUGGAGACAACACAUAUCUGCUGGAACUUGACCUGCUGGAGACAGACUGUCAUGUGUUGGAUCCCACACCUCUUGCCAAUUGCACAGUCAGGCCAAAAAUAUUGACGGCAGUAGAAGGAGACUGUGACGUGGUGCUGAAGAAGGUCGGCGGAGCUCUGACUGUUACAGCAUUCAAGUGUAAAACAGAAGAAUCAACAGAGGACUUCUGCGCGGGCUGUCCUAUCCUCCUUCCCCUGAAUGACACCAUGGCGCUGGACUUUGUCCAAACCUCUCUUGUAACCCUCAACAACAUGACUGAGAACAUAACAUACACUCUUGCAGAGGUUGGACGGGUGACAUCACAGGUUGUGUCUGGUGGGCCGAUCUAUAGUGCAGAAUAUGUUGUAGUUGAGGCUAUAUGCUUGGAUGAUGUCUGCGAGCCCCUGCAGGACCCCAUGGCUUCACGUGGUCUUUGUACUGCCAAAGGUUUGAGCAAUGAUCACACAGUGAGCUGCAAGAUGUUUGUAAAUCUGAUGCCUGCUGUAGAUGCCAAUGGCACUGCACCAGUGGUCCAAGUCCACAAAGACAGCCUGUCUCCCAAGCACGGUCUGAGGCACCACAAACUGACCGCUCUCCACAACCCACAUCUGAGCAGCCUUCUGUCUGCAGAAUCUUUAGAGUCUGCUGAAACUGUGCCUGUAGUCCCUGCAGUGGUUGAUGCCGGUGCAGCUGCUGCACCUGCUGCCGAUCCAGCUGCACCUGCUGCAGAUCCUGCCGCACCAGCUGCCGAUCCAACUGCUGCAGAUCCUGCUCCACCUGUAGACUUGGGAUCUUCCUCAGAUUCAGUCAGUGCUGAGAUUCCUCAUGUUGUGAUGAAGAGAGAUGUACCUGUCACACCUGCUGACAACCCUGCAGCUCAAGUAGACCCCAUUAAUCUUGUGCCAGUGUGUCCGGGAAGGAUCAGGUUUUUCUAAAUAUUUGGUUCCCAUAGACUCUCUAUUCAUGCUGCCUUCAGCUACACUGGCACUAGAGUAAUUUAUGACUAUAGUAGAUAAAUGAACUUGUCUAACGCCGAUACACUAAGCUAUAUCCAUUAUUUGUAAUUGUUAAAUCACGCACAGGCAUUAAGCACUGCAAAACAACUGUUGAAAUAUAUGUAAAAAUGGAUGAUAAAAAUUGUAUUCAAUGCUGCUGAAUAAAUUUCUCAAGUCAAA